ACAGUGGAAUGUGUCAAAUGGAGGAAACCAAAAGCGAAGGCACCGCUUCCUCCUGCUGAGACGAAGGGCAUGGGUGUCCCUUCUGCUGAGGAGCCUGUAGAAUCGGCUGCUGUCAUCAUGGAGCAAAAUGAAAAUAUGAUCGAUAAAGACAUUGACCUCUCAGUGGUCCUGCCUGGAGAUAUUCUCAAAUCUGCCACUGUUCCUGGCAGUAAGCCAAUGAUGGACUUGCUCGUCUUCCUCUGUGCACAGUACCACUUAAAUCCAUCAAGUCACACAAUUGAUCUACUGUCUGCUGAAGAAAAUCUCAUCAAAUUUAAGCCAAACACACCAAUAGGAAUGCUGGAGGUAGAGAAGGUCAUUUUAAAGCCAAAGUCUCUGGACAAGAAAAAGCCUACACCGAUAAUCCCAGAGAAAACUGUGAGAGUAGUGAUCAACUUUAAGAAAACACAGAAGACCAUAGUGAGAGUUAGUCCCCAUGUACCGCUGCAAGAUCUUGCUCCCAUUAUAUGCAGUAAAUGUGAGUUUGAUCCAUUGCAUACAGUAUUGUUGAAGGAUUAUCAGGCUCAGGAGCCCCUGGACUUGACAAAAUCUCUUAAUGACUUGGGACUGAGAGAGUUAUAUGCAAUGGAUAUCAGCAAAGCCCCCCCUGUUACUGCCUUCCGUAAGUCAUCCUUCCAAGAGUCCUGCCAAAUGUCACAAACCCCGGACAUCGUGAAGGAGAAAGAAAACAGAGGGAUUUUCAGCUUUUUCCAACGCAGUAAGAAAAAGCGGGAGCAAACUGCCAGCGCACCUGCGACCCCACUAGUGAGCAAGCACCGCCCAUCUUUUACAAGGUCCAACACCAUUUCCAAACCCUACAUUUCCAACACGCUACCCUCAGAUGCACCCAAGAAGAGACGUGCCCCGCUGCCCCCCAUGCCCACAUCCCAGGGUGAUGCGCAAGGCCAAGAGAGGCGAGCUUCGUGUGUGGUGAGAUCCACCAGUGUGGAUGACAAUGACAAGAGUUCCACUGAUGGGGUCAUGGUGAGGACAGGGUCACUGCAGCUCAGUAGCUCGUCAGUAGGAACUUUGUCUCUGAAAAGAACAAAGCGAAAAGCACCCGCCCCGCCUUCGAAAACACCGGUGCAGCAGAAUGACACCAGCCUUGCAUCUGAUACUGCCCUUCCUCCAGAAGAUGGACUUGCUCCAGACAGCGCUGUGGAAGCAAACUCUCCUGAGGGCCUGUCCAGCCCAGACUCUACUUCUUUGGCAGAGGGCUCCCUUGGCCCCGGGUUCCUAAACCAGGAGCAGUGCACUGUGCCCAAGCCGGCGGAUGAACUCUCGCUUUCUGAGGGCCCUGGAACUCCAGAGGCAGCUGUAGCAUCCUUGACGUCUGGUGUGAGCUCGGAUUACAGUCUUGAAGAGAUAGAUGAAAAGGAAGAACUGGGUGAGUCUUGUAAAGAUCAGGCGCAAAGUAUUUCAGUGAAGUCACCUGACAUCCCUUCGGUAUCUACUGAUGUAGUGAAUACAUUGGAGAAUGAUCCUGACUCGGCUCUCAGCCUCAGUGAUGGAGAGGCCUCUCCAAGCUCCAAAGGAAAAAUCCAAGAAGGCACAGACACAGAGGGACAAGGGCCACAUAAUCCUGUUGUAUGUGAUAUAAGCAAUGAAGACACAGUAUCUGACAGUUUAAGAGACUUGAAGUCAUUGGGCCCAAGCCAAGAGAAUGUAGUUCAAAAUGAAAUCAUGGUCUGUGCCACAAACACAGAUUAUGUGAAAGACUGCCUGAGGAAAACAGAAACCUCCACAGAAAGCCAAGCCUCAGAGAAAGCCGUGGACGUGGAAGCUGAUAGACUAUCCAGCUUUCCUGCAUGUAGAACGGAUCAUGUUAAAAGCUCUAGGGAAAAUCAUCUAACAGCACCAUCAGGACCAGAUCAAAAAUUGAAUCAACCAAGUGUAGAAAAGACAAAAACGCAAGAUGCAGCAAUUCAGGCAACCCCUGCCAGCAGCAGUUUUGAUGGGAAUCACGAAGACCAUAAUUCGUCUGACCUCAAGGUUGAUGAAAGUGUGCAAACUUCAAAUAGCAGCAGAUCAACUCAGCAUUCCUCCUCAAGUCUCAGUGAUCCUGAAAAUGCCUCAAAAGCAUUCAGGAGUCAGGGCACCCCAACACCUGUCCAAGAUAGACUCCCCAUGAAAGAGCCAGCCACGUGUGCAUAUGGGAACCACAACUCUUUGUCUCCUGUAGACGGAAAUGAUAAGAAUCCAGCUGCUUCUUAUCUGAAGAAUUUUCCGCUUUAUAGACAGGACUAUAAUCCCAAACCAAAACCUUCAAAUGAAAUUACAAGAGAGUAUAUACCUAAAAUUGGAAUGACUACUUACAAAAUAGUGCCCCCCAAAUCCCUGGAAAUAGUGAAAGAUUGGGAAUCAGAAACAGUGGGGAAUAAAGAUGACCAAAAGAUGCAUGCUGAAGGGCAGAAGCAUAUGCUUGGGAAUAUGGAACAAACAGCCAUGCAGACAGAAACCCUUGUUACUUCCAAAGGCUCACAGGAGCCUCAGCCUGAUCUUAAGCCAAAGCCAGGCUUAGGCACAGAGCAGCAUUUGCACAGGACUCUGAGCGUUGGUUCCGAGAUGAAGCCUCCAAAACCUCCCAGAAUGACGAUGGACACUGGUGGCAUUCCUUUUGCACCAAAUUUGGAAGAUAUAAACAACAUUUUGGAGUCAAAAUUUAGAUCUCGAGCUUCAAAUCCCCAGGCCAAACCAAGUUCAUUUUUUCUGCAGAUGCAGAAGAGAGCAUCAGGCCACUAUGUGACUUCUGCAGCUGCUAAGAGUGUGCACACUGCUCCUGGGCCUACCCCCAAAUCACCAACAACCAAAGAGGUGCAAAGGGACCCCUGGACCCCUCCAGAACAGAUUCUUUCUCCCUUAAGUGAAUGGACUCAUUCUGCUCAGCUGCCCAGUCUUUCAAAAACUGAUGGUGACACUACCAUCCAAAAGCCUGCUGAGAUCUCUCUUCCUCCUGUAGCUCCCAAGCCUGUGGCUCUUCCUGCUGUGACCUCUCCUCCCCUUGUAGCUCCCAAGCCUAUGGCUCUUCCUGCUGAGACCUCUCCUCCCCCUGUAGCUCCCAAGCCUAUGGCUCUUCCUGCUGAGACCUCUCCUCCCCCUGUAGCUCCCAAGCCUAUGGCUCUUUCUGCUGAGACCUCUCCUCCCCCUGUAGCUCCCAAGCCUGUGGCUCUUCCUGCUGAGACCUCUCCUCCCCCUGUAGCAUCCAAGCCUGUGGCUCUUCCUGGUAGUCAGGGAGCAUCAUCACUAAACCUGAAGACCUUGAAAACUUUCGGGGCCCCACGACCAUACUCCAGUUCUGGCCCCUCACCCUUUGCCCUUGCUGUGGUAAAAAGGUCACAGUCGUUCAGUAAGACACGUCCAGAGUCCAGUGAGGGCUUCUCCGCCCAGCCUGCAGACACGGAGGGUGAAAAGACAUAUGCAGUAAAUAAAUCUGCCGUGGUUGCCCAACCUGAUGAUGAUGAUGAUGAUGAUAAGCAUAACAAACCUGUACAGAAUGAACAAAGUUCUCACAUGCUGACUCCAGCUGACGGCCCAUCGUUCACCCUUAAGAGACAGAGUUCUUUAACAUUCCAAAGCUCUGACCCAGAGCAGGUCCACCAGAGCUUGCUGACCGCAAUCCGUUCUGGAGAGGCUGCCUCCAAGUUAAAGAGAGUUAUUGUUCCAUCAAAUACAAUAUCUGUGAAUGGGAAGUCAGGAAUCAGCCACACCAUGUCCUCUGAUGCCCAGGACAGUCGCUGACACACUUCACUGACCAGAUUUCUGUCUACAAGGAAUAUUGGCAAAUAUAUAUUCAGAUGUACAUUAAUAUAUAAAUCUGUUCAACAAUAAGCAUUUGUGUUAAUGGAUUUAAUACCAAAAGAAAAAGAACUAGAAUUUAUAAUUUAUAUAAUGUUUGGUCUUUUUUGUCAUAACUAUUGCUGCUUUAGAACUUUAAACAAGGUAUAAAUGACUUUUCUUUCCCCAUGGUGAAUAAUCACUGCUUAAUGAUUGUUUUCUUUUAUUUAUGGACAUACUGUGUACCAUGCAACAAAGGUAUAAAUUGAGAUUUAUGGACAUAUUGUGUGACAGAGAAAUAGGCAAGCACAAACUAACAUUUACUGCCUCAGCGUUAGGCUGUAAUUAGAAACAUAAAUUAUAAUAAAGCCUUUAUGCUGAAAGAUAUGGAAGACUAGUAUAUAAAUAAUGCUCAGUUAUUAUUAUUGAAGAACCACUUAGUGUUGAGACUUAUUUUGUGCAUUCUUUAAUUACAAGUGAGUUACAGAUCUAUAGGAAAUAAUAAAGUAUUUUUAAAUAUAAUACUUUAACCUUUAGAAGUUAAAUUGCACAAGGAGACUUUAAGAUGUUUUCUGUAUAUAAUUAUGAUGUUACACAGAUAUUACAUAUUUUCUAAUGCCAGAAGUCUUAAAACAUUCCUGUGAAAAUGUUGAUAUAUUAUGACAGAUAUUUCACAUUUGUUAUAUAAGGAGAAUAGGGGCUGGUUGAUGUCCACAUUUAAUACUUUAAAGACUAGUUAGAAGUUUCCAAAAUCCUGAUUUAAUUAAAAUAAAAUGCUAAGCUAGUCAUUUAUGUAGCUCACAUGCUAAUCGUCUAAAUAAUAAUAUAUAUUUUCCUGAAAGCCAAACUGGUUGAAGGAAACAAUACUUGAUGUGUUGGCUUACAGUGAUUCUAGGGUCUAGAACAUCUUGGUGUCAUGAAUUUCCUUAAGAAUUUAAUUGUUCCUUUAUUCCAGAAACUGUCCAAACAUCCUGACACUGUUUUGACUCCUAAUAAAACUACUGGGCUAUAUGCCAUUUUGACAAACGUGAAUUUUUUUUUCCAUUUAAUAAAAGCAAGUUAUAUAUUUGAA